CAAACCCUAUAUUAGAGACGGACUGACUGAAGUCUGGGUGGAAGACCCUUAUGUACGGCAUGUCCAUCAGUUGUAUAAUUUCCUUCGUUUCUGUGAAAUGCUGCUGAAAUGCCAGUGUAAAGUAAAGACGAUUCACCUUCUGACCUCGCAGGAUGAGGACAGCUCUGCUCAGCAAACCAGUGCCCUGGCAGAAAUAAAGCAGUCGCUACGGAGUCAAAAUGUCUGUCUGGACAUUCAGUACUCAUCUACUAUUCAUGACAGGGAGAUCAGGUUUAAUAAUGGUUGGAUUAUUAAGAUUGGCAGGGGACUCGAUUAUUUCAAAAAACCCAAGGGCCGCUUCUCUGUAGGAUACUGUGAUUACGAUUUUAGAGAGUGUCAUGAGACUACUGUGGACGUGUUUCAUACAAAACACACUAAGAAGACAUAAUCUUACUUCAAAAGCAC